GUAGCACGGUGGCGGCGGCCAUAUUCGCUUCUAUGGGAAAGUAAAGGGGUGCCCGGUGUGCGUAUGGUUCAGCCAAAUAGCCUGUCACUCAGCUACCCUCCACCUCCCCAGAGCAGUAGCGCAAGGCCCACCGCUUUCCACCCACAUUUGUUUAUCUAACAGGGAUAACGACGCCUGCAAAACGAAGAAAUGCUGCGUGAAACGAGGCUCUAGUGCGUCUAGAUGAUGCCUUUUGUCCAGCCACAAGAUUCCUGGCACAAAAUGGAGGUGCAUAGCGUCAGUAGCGAGGUCAAUGGGCAUCAGAUCAUAGAUGAGCCUAUGGAGGAGGGAGACUCUCUCUCACACUGUGAUGAGGGGGCGUAUAAGGAGAUUCCCAUCACCCAUCACGUGAAGGAGGGGUGUGAGAAGGCCGACCCCUGCCAGUUCGAGCUGCUCAAGGUGCUGGGCCAGGGCUCCUUCGGAAAGGUGUUCCUGGUGCGCAAGAUAGUGGGUCCUGAUGCUGGUCAGCUCUAUGCAAUGAAAGUGCUGAAAAAGGCGUCGCUGAAAGUGAGGGACAGAGUUCGCACAAAGAUGGAGAGGGAUAUUCUGGUCGAGGUGAAUCAUCCCUUCAUUGUGAAGUUGCACUAUGCCUUUCAGACAGAAGGGAAGCUCUAUUUAAUUUUGGAUUUUCUCAGGGGUGGAGAUGUAUUUACUCGUUUAUCCAAAGAGGUAAUGUUUACAGAAGAGGAUGUGAAAUUCUACCUUGCAGAGCUGGCCCUUGCCUUGGAUCACCUCCACAACCUAGGCAUUGUUUACAGAGACCUGAAGCCUGAAAACAUUUUGCUUGAUGAAGCUGGACAUAUCAAGUUAACAGACUUCGGGCUUAGUAAAGAAUCAGUAGAUCAGGAUAAGAAGGCCUACUCCUUCUGUGGUACGGUAGAAUACAUGGCCCCAGAGGUAGUCAACCGGAGGGGCCACACGCAGAGCGCCGACUGGUGGUCACUCGGGGUACUGAUGUUUGAAAUGUUAACGGGGACAUUACCAUUCCAAGGCAAAGACCGAAAUGAAACUAUGAACAUGAUUCUCAAAGCGAAGUUGGGAAUGCCACAGUUCUUAAGUUUGGAAGCACAGAGUCUGUUACGGAUGCUCUUUAAACGGAACCCAGCUAAUCGACUAGGAGCAGGUCCUGACGGCGUGGAGGAGAUCAAGCGACACGCAUUCUUCUCCACUAUAGACUGGAAUAAACUGUUCCGCAGAGAACUGCAGCCUCCGUUCAAGCCGGCGGCAGGAAAGCCAGAUGACACCUUCUGCUUCGACCCAGAGUUCACAGCCAAGACCCCCAAAGACUCCCCGGGCAUACCUCCCAGUGCAAACGCUCACCAGCUCUUCAAAGGCUUCAGCUUCGUAGCACCAGCUUCCUUAGAGGACAGCAAAAGCUCCCCCAUGGUCAACAUACUCCCCAUAGUACAGAUGCACAGUGGCUCGGCGCAGUUCUCGGACGUAUACGAGCUGAAGGAGGACAUCGGCGUGGGCUCCUACUCCAUCUGCAAGCGCUGCAUCCAUAGAGUCACCUCCAUGGAGUUUGCUGUCAAGAUUAUAGACAAAAGCAAGAGAGACCCUUCAGAAGAGAUUGAGAUUCUCAUGCGAUACGGACAGCAUCCGAACAUCAUCACGCUUAAAGACGUGUAUGACGAGGGGCGUUUUGUGUACCUGGUGACGGAGCUGAUGAAGGGCGGGGAGCUGCUGGACCGUAUCCUGCGGCAGAAGUUCUUCUCUGAGCGCGAGGCCAGCGCCGUCCUGUACACCAUCGCCAAGACCGUCGACUACCUGCACUGCCAGGGGGUGGUGCACAGGGACCUGAAGCCCAGUAAUAUCCUGUACAUGGACGACUCGGGGAACCCGGACUCGAUCCGCAUCUGUGACUUUGGCUUCGCCAAGCAGCUGAGGGGGGACAACGGCCUGCUGCUGACGCCGUGCUACACUGCCAACUUUGUGGCACCAGAGGUACUGAUGAGGCAGGGCUACGAUGCUGCCUGUGACAUCUGGAGUCUGGGAGUCCUCCUCUACACCAUGCUGGCGGGCUACACCCCGUUCGCCAACGGCCCCAACGACACCCCUGAGGAGAUUCUGCUGCGGAUCGGCAGUGGGAAGUUCUCCCUCAGUGGAGGCAACUGGGAUACCGUCUCGGACUCCUCAAAGGACUUGCUGUCCCAUAUGCUCCAUGUGGACCCCCACCAGCGCUACUCAGCUGAGCAGGUGCUCAAGCACUCGUGGAUCGCCUGCCGCGACCAGCUCCCUCACUACCAGCUCACGCGGCACGACGCGCCACACCUGGUCAAGGGUGCGAUGGCUGCCACGUACUCUGCGCUGAGCCAUAAGACGUGUCAGCCGGUGCUGGAGCCGGUGGCGGCGUCCAGUCUGGCCCAGAGGCGCAGCAUGAAGAAGCUCACCUCCACCGACAUGUAGCAGCCGGACACACACACACACACACACACACACACACACACACACACACACACACCACCCCAAACACUCACCACUGCUGUUGCUCGCUCUGCUGCACCCUCUCUCCUCUCCUCUCCUCCUCUCCUCUCUCUCGUCUUCUCUCCUCUCCUCUCCUCUCUCAUGCUCUCUCCUCUCCUCUCUCUCCUUCUCCCUCCUCCUCUCCUCUCAUCUGUCUCCUCCUCCUCUCAUCUCCUCAUCCAUUCCCCUCUCCUCUCCUCUUGUCUACUCUCGUCUUCACUCUCCUCUAUCCUCCAGUCUUCUUCCUCCUUCUCUCUCUGCACUCUUCUUCUUUGUCUUUCAUCUGUUUUUUUCCUGUCAUCCUACAAACCCUAUUCCUUUCUUUUUCCUCCCUUUGUUUUCGCUCCUCCUGUCGUUCCUCUGGUGUCUCCUCUCUUUCUCGUGGACCUCUCCAACUGUUUCAUCUGUCUUUAUUUAUUUAUGUUUCUACUCCCCACCCCCCCUCGCCCCAAUCCAACCUAUCAACACACGCCUCGCUCCUUUGCCUCCUCUCUCAUUGGCUAGUUGGACCUCACUGUGUGUGACAUCAGCGAGGCUACAGGAACUCCAUGAUGAGAGGAAAUGCAUACAUGCACACAAACAAACAAACCGUUCUGCUGGGGAUUUAUGUGUGACUUUUUUGCAUUUUUUUGUCUUUUUAAAGAAAAAGAAAAAUAUAUUUUAUUUUUCUUCUCUGGUAUAUGCACUUUCUGCUCUCUCUCUCCCUCUCUCUCUCCCUCUCUCUCUCUCUCUCUCUCUCUCUCUCUCUCUAUCUCUCCUCGCUGUCUUUCCAUCACUCAUGCUGAGGCGAAAAAGAAGAAUAUUAAAAAAAAAAAAAAAAAACAGGAAAAAAAAGCACCAGCUAAAGAAACCUUCUCACUCACUGUGACCGGCUGUACCUGAAGCUGCUUCCCCACUAGAAAAAAAAAAAAGACGACGACAAGCGCAAACGAAAAAGAAAAAAAAGAAAAGAGAGGUAAAAGAGAAAAAAUAUAUACUGUGUACCACAUUUCACAGAUCAGUAGGCAUGUUGCUCUUAUCCAGUUAUCCCUCUCUGCCUGCUCAAUCCCUGAUUUAGGAUUCCCCUCUUCUCCCUUCUCACUGCCUCUCCCCGAGAAUUUAUUACCUGGCCAACGCUCUGCAGGCGAGCGACUCCGGCUUUAAACCGUUUAGCGUCGGAGUCAGAGACAGGAAGAACGACGCCCUCCCCCCCAUCCCCCCCCCCCCCCCCCCCCCUCACACACACACGCACACACACCCCGUCACCAGGAGGAUGAGCCCAGAUAGCUCACGUUACCUUAAGAAGCUGAGAAUAUUAUGUAUUUAAACGAAAAUAAACUAAGUAGGGAAGAAUUAGACUUCCAUACGCUUUAUAUUUAAAAAGGAAAAGAAAGAAAGUGUACAUAAUUUCACUUCUACCCAGGAGAUCGAAGGGAAGCGACUCUGUCAGCUUUGAACGUGUGAUCUGCCACCUUCGCAUAAAAUCUGUUCUCCAAAGCCCCCCUCCUCACCCACCCACCCACCCACCUACCCAUCGAUCCCCUUGAAGCACACGUUCACUUGCAAACCAGCUUGGCAAAGACCUUUUUUAAAUUAUAUUUUCUUUUUGUUUUUAUUUUUGUUGUUUGUUUUUCUGCCCCACCUCAAACCUCUCUCUUCUCGGUCUGCUGUUAUAUAGUUUUUUUUUGUUUUUUUUUACAUUUCUUUUCCGGUUGCUUUCUGGUGAUGUCUUCUUUAAGUUUACCUCUGUGUUGAAUAAAAAAAACAAACAAAAAAAGAUAUUAAUGAAAAAAAAAAAAAUGCGACAACUUUAACGAACGCAACUGAAGUUGGUAGGUCAGGUGCUUGUUGGAUCAGUGUUACUGCAGAGACUCUGGGGAUACGGGGAAGAGCAUCCUCUUCUCAUGGCGCGGCUGAAUUUGAAAACAAAACAAACGAAAAAAAUGACAAAAAAAAAUAUAAUAAUUUCCAUGAAUAUCUCCUCAAAAGACAUUGUGGAAAUUUGUAUCAUAUUGUAUUUAUUUCAUUUAAUUUUUAAAAUUCUAUUUUUCUUUCAAGUUCUGUAUAUAUUGACAUUAAAGAUCAUUAUUGACAUGCA